AUGCACGGUGUUCUUAAAGUAAAAACAAGUGAAGAGAAAGCAAGGGAAUUAAAAGCAAAAGAGAAAAUAAAGAUUGAUGAAUAUAGAAGUUUAGUAAAUGCAUAUACUGAACAUAGAAAAUUAAAUGAAUUUAAUGAUAAUAGUUUAUUGGUAACUAAAAAGGUGUUAGAGAUAAACCCAGAGUACUAUACUGUAUGGAACUUCCGUAGAGAUACAAUCAAUCACUUUGCAACUGUUAAAGACAAUGAAACAAUGCAAACACUUUAUACUUCAGAGAUGAAGUUCAUCGAAGAAUGUAUCCAAAGAUACACAAAGAGCUACUGGGUAUGGUAUCAUAGAAAGUGGAUCUCACAAAGAAUCGAUAAAUGUGAUUGGGAUCGUGAAUUAAAGUUGUGUUCAAAACUAUUAGAUUUAGAUUUAAGAAAUUGUAAGUUGUACAUUUUAAAUUCAAAAGAAAGUCAAAGACAAUCGAUUGCAAAGGUCCAUUGUUGGGGAUAUCGUAGAUUUGUUGGUGAGAGAUCGAAUAUCGCUUUGAAAAAGGAAUUUGAUUAUACAACGGUGAAGAUCGAACAAAACUUUUCAAACUACUCUGCUUGGCAUCAAAGAUCGGCUCUCUUGCCAAAGAUGUAUACAGAGCCAACAGAACUAUUCGAUUGUUUGGUACAGGAGUUUGAAUUGGUAAGAAACGCUGCAUUCACUGAACCAAAGGAUCAAAGUACUUGGAUCUAUCAUAAAUGGUUAGUCGGUACUAUAAAGACUAUUCCAAAUUGUAACUAUAAAGAGGUAUUAGAAGGUGAAAUUGUUGCUAUCAAUGAAUUGUUAGAGAUUGAACCAGAUUGUAAAUGGCCAAUCUAUACAUUAUUGACAUUAAAGAUGGAAUUAGGAAAUAGUACCAAAGAAGAAUUACAAUCAUUAUUGAACAAUUUGAAGUCAAUCGAUUCUGAUCAUAUUAAAUACUAUGAAUCAUUAGAAACUCAAAUAUAA